AUGUGUGGUAUUUUUGCCUGUCAUUGUCACCCAGAUGUUAAGGCUUUUAAGCCUACGGCCUUGCGAAUGGCGAAGCAAGUUCGUCAUCGUGGACCAGACUGGAGUGGAAACGUUAUUUCCAACAACACAAUUCUUGCGCAUGAGCGUUUGAGUAUCGUUGGCGUUGAGAGUGGAGCGCAACCAAUCACCAACGCAGACGAUACCCUCGUACUCGCAGUCAAUGGCGAAAUUUAUAACCACAGAGUCAUCCGUAAGGGGCUCAAGAACCAAUAUCACUUCAAGACACAUUCCGAUUGCGAAGUCAUAAUACCUCUGUACAUGGAACAUGAUAUCGAUGCCCCAAAACACUUGGACGGAAUGUUCUCAUUUGUUUUAUACGACAAAAAUCAAGACCGCACAAUUGCUGCACGCGAUCCCAUCGGGAUUACCAGUUUCUAUCAAGGAUGGUCGAGCAAGACACCAGGAGCCGUAUACUUUGCAUCUGAACUGAAAUGUUUGCACCCUGUCUGCGACAAAAUCAUUGCUUUCCCUCCAGGACAUGUUUAUGACUCAAAAACCGACAAGACAACAAGAUAUUUCGAGCCAUCUUGGUGGGACCCAAAGAACGUUCCAUCAACCCCAAUUGAUUACAAGCUUUUGAGAGAAACACUUGAAAUGUCUGUCCGUAAGCGUCUCAUGGCUGAAGUUCCUUACGGAGUUUUGUUGUCCGGAGGUCUCGACUCGAGUUUGGUGGCUGCCAUCGCUCAAAGAGAGUCUCUACGCCUGAAAGCCGCUACGCUAGCUGCAAUUGAGAGCGGAAGUGGAACUGCGACACCAACCGCUAACGAGGACCAAGGGGAAGGACUUGUUGGUAUUGAUGACGAUAACAAAUUGUCAACUCUUACCUACCUUCCCCAACUUAACUCCUUCUCCAUUGGUCUACCAAACUCCCCUGAUACCAAGGCUGCGAAAGAAGUUGCCAAGUUCCUUGGUACCAAGCAUCAUGAUAUGACUUUCACCAUUGAUGAUGGUUUGAACGCGCUUUCCGAUGUUAUCUUCCACUUGGAAACAUAUGAUGUAACAACUAUUCGUGCAUCUACUCCCAUGUUCCUUCUCUCGAGAAAGAUCAAGGCUAUGGGUGUCAAGAUGGUAUUGAGUGGAGAAGGUAGUGACGAGAUCUUUGGAGGUUACCUAUACUUCCACGCUGCACCAGAUAAGGCAGCUCUUCACGAAGAGACCGUCCGCAGAAUCAAAAACUUACAUUUAUCUGACUGCUUGAGAGCCAACAAGUCGACUUCUGCUUGGGGAUUGGAAGCUCGUGUUCCUUUCCUCGACAAGGAAUUCCUCGAAGUUUCCAUGAACAUCGACCCACAAGAGAAGAUGAUCACCAAGGAUCGUCUUGAGAAAUACAUUCUCCGAAAGGCUUUUGACACAUCAGAUGAUCCAAGUCAGAAACCAUACCUCCCAGAACACAUUCUUUAUAGACAAAAGGAGCAAUUCAGCGACGGUGUUGGUUACGGAUGGAUCGAUGCUCUCAAGGAUAACGCUGAACUACACGUUACCGAUGAGAUGAUGAAGAACCCCAAGCCUGAAUGGGGAUCCGAUAUUCCAGAUACCAAGGAAGCUUACUGGUACCGAACAAUGUUCGACGAGCACUUCCCACCAUCUUGUGCAGAAAGUGUUAUGAGAUGGACCCCAACUUGGUCUAAACAAACUGACCCCAGUGGAAGAGCUAUUGCCAUCCACAACGAAAAGUAUGACGAGUAA